GCUCUGCUCACGAGGACAAUGGAGUCUACUUUGGUGUGGGCCGCGGAGAGUCAUUCAGUGACCAGGAGAGGGCAUCUCAAGUCCUGAAACGAGCAUCACUGAGCUCAUUUUAGUCCUACGCCAACAUCAUUCCUGUUGCUACACAACUGAUGCAUUCUUGAUGCCACGGUCAACGGGUCUAAUCUACAGAAGACUGCGCCUUCUCCCUCCGCUGUCCACAUCUGAAUCUGGAUACAUCCAAUUUAUCGGGUUUGGACCUCAGUUUAUUCCUGUCAAAUUUCUUCACUUGGUCGGUUUCCGGUGUCUUUUCUGCCACUUAAACCUAAAUUUCACAAUUGGCGACUCGGUGUUUAAAAUGUAUUUUCCAGCUACGCGCUCAACAGUUUCAUUCUCGUGAGCUUGAGUGCGUCCUUCCAAGGGCUUUGUAAGGUGGCGGGCUGAAAUAUGCAUUAUCCUGCUGAUGUUGUGCGGUAACGUAGGAAACUAUAGACAGAGGUUGAUGAGCAUCUCUUGGAGCUACUCACAUCUCCGACAGGUGUGCGGCUGUGCGCAAAGCAGAUCUGGCUGUCGCGCAAAGUGCGUACAUUUUCCGAGCAUUCAGGCAUCCUGGGUGCGUGUCCAACUACUUGGACAAAACGCCGAGUGCUUCUAACAUGUGGACCUGGGACGCAUGCAACAGAGAGUCCAAACCAUGAGGAGGAGCCGACACCGCGCAAAUAUGGGACUUCUCGUGCUUGUCAGAUGGCUUGUAUUCACAGUGGUGGUGCCCGGCUGGCUGCUUGCUGCUCCGAGCGGCAUCCGUGAGCGUCCCUGCCCCCAGAGCUGUAGAUGUGAUGGGAAAAUAAUAUACUGCGAAUCCAAUGCCUUCCUUGACGUUCCAAGCAAUGUGUCUGUAGGCACACAGGGCCUCUCCCUGCGUUACAACAGCCUGAUGAACCUCAGAGACCACCAGUUUGCUGGCCUGAGUCAACUUGUUUGGCUCUACCUCGACCACAAUUACAUCAGUGAUGUGGACGGGCAGGCUUUUCAUGGGAUACGAAGGCUCAAAGAACUGAUUCUCAGCUCGAAUAAGAUCACGAAAAUAAAAAACAACACUUUUCACGACGUUCCGAAUUUACGUAAUCUAGACCUUUCCUACAAUAAACUGCAGGUUCUCCAGCAUAAUCAGUUUGUGGGUCUACGGAAACUACUCAGUUUACAUUUGAGGUCAAACUCUUUAAAAACGGUCCCAAUGAGAGUUUUCCUUGACUGUCGUAACCUGGAGUUUCUUGAUAUUGGCUAUAACAGGCUACGGAGCCUCACACGUAACGCCUUUGCAGGACUUCUUAAACUCAUCGAGCUUCAUCUGGAGCACAACCAGUUCUCAAAGAUAAACUUUGCUCAUUUCCCUCGCCUGACUAACCUGCGGGCGCUCUAUUUGCAAUGGAACCGUAUCAAACUGCUAACCCAGGGCCUGCCGUGGAUGUGGACCUCCUUGCAAAAGCUGGACGUCUCUGGAAAUGAUCUCCAAGUGUUGGACCCAAGUACAUUUCAAUGCCUCCCUAAUCUUCAGACUCUCAACCUGGACUCCAACAAGCUCAGCAAUGUGUCUCAGCAGACAGUGGAGGCUUGGAUUUCCCUCACCACCAUCAGUCUGGCUGGUAAUCUGUGGUACUGUAACCCCAACAUAUGUCCCCUGGUGGCCUGGCUCAAGGCCUUUAAGGGUAACAAGGAGUCCGCAAUGAUCUGUGCUGGCCCCAAGGAGGCACAAGGUGAGAAAGUGACAGAUGUGGUGGAGACUUAUAACAUCUGUACAGUGACACCGGCCCCCAUCCCCUCAACGACAUUGCCCCUCACUUCUGCAUUUGAACCUGAGCUGCUGCCUUUCCCCACACAGUCUGUGGUGGAUAAGAAGCUGGUCUGGAACAGGACAGCCUCCCCUACUCCUUCCGAGGCCUCCCCCACCAUCCCUUUGCCAGACACUGAGUAUGUGUCCUUCCACAAGAUCAUAGCUGGUAGCAUGGCACUCCUCUUAUCUGUGGCUAUAAUUCUACUGGUAAUCUAUGUCUCAUGGAAGCGCUAUCCCAGCAGCAUCAAACAGCUUCAGCAGCGCUCGGCGGUUAAAAAGCGCCAGAAAAAGGCACGGGAGACUGAGCGUUCCCUUAAUUCACCACUGCAAGAGUACUAUGUGGACUACAAACCUUCACACUCAGAGACUAUGGAUGUGCUGGUUAAUGGGACAGGACCUUACACAUACACCAUCUCAGGCUCCAGGGAAUGCGAGAUACCGAGGCAGCUGAGUGCUCUGACGUUGUACAGGUAUGAGCAGUCGGUUCUGGAUUACUGCCAUGCCCACCUGUCGCUGCACCUCAACGUGGGCAUGGAGCCCCCAACUCAGGCGCUGGAAGGUCCGCGGCCAGCCAAGUACCGCCCGGGCAUAAUGGCUCCCCUCCCCUCCGAGCCUGCGCUGCCUUGCCCCUAGAACCACCCCCACCACCACUGAGCUGUGCACACUGUGAGGCUCUGUGUCCAAACUCCUGUAUGUCUACUGCACAGAAUCAGUGGACCACUCAGAUGAAACACAAAGCUGUGUGGGAGGGAACUGGGUCUGGUAAAGAAGCAAAGGAGACAAAUCUAUUGCAGAGCAUCCUAGACCCAGAGUAAUGAAAGUGGAAAUAUUUCUCGGUGGAAAUAAAGGAGUGCAGCAGUAUUGAUUAGUGAGCUUCUGACCUACCUGACUUUCAAUGACCUCAAUUAGCAAAGGAGGCUGAGCAGCAGCAUGACUUUCCACGUUCUGCUCUGCCUCUUGAGGAGUAUUAAGGCUAAUAAUUUAAUGAUUUGUUAAUCUUAUUAAACAUAUUUCCUCGACUGCUCCUCAUCUGCUCUCUGCUGCGUCAGGUAAAGUAAUCAAAUGCAAAAUGCUAUUAGCAGGGAAACAGCAUGAUAAGCAGUUGAGUAGCAGAACAAAUGAAAGAUCAGCCAAGCUUACAGGUUUUCGGCUGCUUUUUCUGAUCACACUGUCAAUCAGAGGUCUCUCUCUCUAACUCGCGUCCCCGUGGCGUUUUUCAUCUCAAAGAAAUGAGCAACCCAAAUGAAAUUACCCAAGACGAGAGGAACAAGUCAGAAAAUAACGGACAGUAAUUGUCAUAUAAAAUGUACAGCCUACACAUCUUGCCGGCAGUAAGCAUAAUUUACAUGGUGACUUUUGAUUUCCCUAAUGAUUUGGGAUGUUGAUCACGUUAUAAUUAAUUUAAUGAGAAAUAAACAGAUGAAAAAUAAACAACAGAUCUCGGUGCACUGGGAUGUUCGGAUAUUUCUUUUCACCGUGCAUUUAAAUCACUCUUGUAGUUAAUGGUUUUUUGUUUGUUUUUGUUUUUGAAAUGUGUCCUUCAACCAAUUAUCUGAUUGUGCACUCAUAUAUCUACAUGUGUGUGCUUUUUACAAGAUGUUACAUUAUAAUAUAUGGUAAAAUAACCUGUGGUAAAUGACCAGUAACAGUGUCAUUCAUCAAGAUCAGAGGUAUUAACCUGACCAACUGUCUGCUGUACUUAAACAGCUGCGUAGGUGGUUAAGACUGAAGAGCCCAGCGCUUAAGGCAAGACUGAUAAAUAAUCAUGCGUGCUGUUUUUUUUGCCUUAGCGAUCAAGACCCUGAUGGUAACUUUCACUUGCUUUUCUCUCCUCCUGUGACUGUGUGUGACCGUUAUCUGAAGUAUAUACUCCACUCUCUCUCUCUCUCUCUCAGUCCCUCACGGACUUUUAUGUUGCUUACGGGAAAGGACCACUUGUGUACAAAACAAUACCCAAUUAAGGUCCUGGGUAUUAAUAGACAGCAGCUCUGUGUUCUUCACACACAAGUAGUGUGCCAUGGAACUGGGGAAAGCUAAAUGUAAUAUAAUUGGAACGUGUGUCAGCUGGGAAUUGACCGUUAGUUAAACAACGCCCCUGAACAGAAAUUGUCCAGUCAUAGUUAAGCAACCAUGACAAGGUGCAGCAGGCCUGUCAAGCUAUCUCCACGUGUUGAAAUGUUGCACAUGGAGCUAUAAGAGGGUUCUGUCUUUUUAUCUAGCCUAUCCAGAACCAUAAACACAAGAGAAAAAGUUUAUAAAUUGGAUUAAACUGUUUGUUUGCUCUUGUGUAAGCUGCAAUCAUUGAUAAACCCAAUAGCUUAUGCCUAUACCAUUAUGUCCAAGGCCAAGGAGCAUUUCAUUGUAGUUUCACUGCAUUUUGUUGGGUUACAGGUUACGUUAAACAAAAGCGCCUUUCACAUGUCCCCACUGCAUGGCUAAUACAUCAGAGUGGGGCAAUUUUAGCAGCUCUGUCCUGCUCUUGUUGUGCUUUUGGAUUUUUGGACGUUUACAAUCUGUCGAAACUCACUACCAGAGACAGCAUUACACAAACGCACCUGUCUGUCCUGGUAAAACCCUUUUUUCUCUUGUAAUGUUAAAAGUGAAACAUCAUUUUCAAACAUACAAACAAUAAAGCAUAAACGUAACCUCUGCCUUACUUGUCCAUGUGUAAGCUAAGCAGAAAUAGAAACAAACAAAAUAAAAAUGUAUGAAACUGUCAUCAUACAUAGGAGCUACCUACACUAGUAUAGCUAAGACUACUAACUUGCGCCACACUGCAAUACAAGAACAAUACUGGUUCUUUAUUUCCAUGUUCUCUUAUAAACUGGUGAGGAUGCAGAUUAUCGGAGCAAAUGUUUCAUUUUGCAGCUUAAUUAGCUAUAGCUAGCUACAGGUGAUACAAUCUGCCAGCAUUAGUUGUCAGUUCAGCUGGAAAAAUCAACAGUAUGACUAUUAAUUUUGAUUGGUAAAUUUUCCCAGGUGGUUUCAUAACGCUGUGCGAGAACAGAAGGCUUGACAGGCAUAGCAACAGUACUAGGGGCUUAGCAAGCGGUCAAUUCUAUUUCGCUUAGUGGUUUAUUUUUUUUUUUGAGCAAAUAAAAUGCUUUUGAACGUGUGACAUAAAUUAAAUUGUCCUUUAAACAUUAUAUAUUUAUUAAAUAUUUGUUUUUAUUCUAUUUUUUUUAUAGAAAUGUUAUUUUCCUUGGGUUUUUCUGGGGCGGGAGGGGACAUAAUGUGUCCAGAGAUGUACAAUAUUCCAUCAUAUUUCAAGAUCAUUAUCAAACCUGUGUCCAUCUACAGUCAUGGAUAAGCUGUAAUCUGAAUAUUUCAAUGCUGAUUGUAUAAAACCAGUCAUCCAACAUCAUUGUCAUAAAUGAAUGACAUAUUGAUUGUGUACAAUUGCACACUUGUAUGUCAGAUUUUCAAUGAUCCCCUAAUAACAGACAUUUUGUAAAUGCUC